AUGGCAGCAACUGUACCACAACAACAAGUUACUGCUGCACAAAAGUUAGCUCAAGUCAAUGAACAAACUUGGUUAACAAUGGGUAACUUAGCAGAAAUGAUGACUGAUUAUGAUAAAGCCAUGAAUUGUUAUGAAUCAGCUUUGAGACAUAAUCCAUAUUCUGUAGUUGCCUUAUCCCAGAUCGCGUCUUUAUGUAGAGGUCGUGAACAAUUUGGAAGAGCAGUUGAAUAUUUUAAAAGAAUUUUGGCUAUUCAAGAAAAUAAUGGUGAAACUUGGGCUGCUCUUGGUCACUGUUAUUUAAUGAUGGAUAAUCUUCAGGAAGCCUAUCAAGCAUAUCAGCAAGCUUUAUACCAUCUUCCAAACCCAAAGGAUCCUAAACUUUGGUAUGGUAUUGGUAUCCUUUAUGAUCGUUAUGGAUCUUUGGAACAUGCAGAAGAAGCCUUUUCAGCUGUAAUGAAGAUGGAUCCAAAAUUUGAAAAGGCAAAUGAAAUCUAUUUUAGACUUGGUAUUAUAUACAAGCAACAACAAAAAUUUGAUCUUUCCCUUCAGUGUUUCCGUUAUAUUCUUCAUAAUCCUCCAAGACCUUUAACUGAAUCUGAUAUUUGGUUUCAAACAGGUCAUGUCUAUGAACAACAGAAAGAGUAUGAACUUGCAAAAGAAGCUUAUGAACGUGUAUUGGCUGAAAAUCCUGAUCAUGCUAAAGUACUUCAACAAUUAGGUUGGUUGUAUCAUCAACAAAAUACAUCUUUCUGUAAUCAAGCUUUGGCUAUUCAAUAUCUUACUCGUUCACUCAAGUCAGAUAGUAAUGAUGCUCAAUCGUGGUAUCUUUUAGGUCGUUGUUAUAUGGCUGAACAAAAUUAUAAUAAAGCUUAUGAAGCUUAUCAACAAGCAGUAUAUCGAGAUGCUCGUAAUCCUACUUUUUGGUGCUCUAUUGGUGUACUUUAUUACCAAAUUAAUCAAUAUCGUGAUGCUUUGGAUGCAUAUAGUCGUGCUAUUCGAUUAAAUCCUUAUAUUAGUGAAGUAUGGUAUGAUUUAGGUACACUUUAUGAAUCAUGUAAUAAUCAAGUACAGGAUGCUUUGGAUGCCUAUCAGAGAGCAGCAGAAUUAGAUCCUUCUAAUCCUCAUAUUAAACAAAGACUUGAUUUAUUAAGAAAAUCACAGAAUAUUCAAUCAUCACAAGUAACUGCGCCUGUUCCUCAAGAUGUCAGUAAUCCAAGUCAAUAUCAAACAGGUCCUCCAUCCAGUAUGUCUGCUUAUCAUACUGCUAUGGGCGGUGGAAAUCCACCUCGUCUUAAUGAAGAUCGAGUUCCAACUCCUCAAUUACCUGUUAAUCAUAAUAUGAAUGUGCAUGAGUCUAAUAGUACUGGACCUGCUAGAGAUCUUCCUAUGCCUGGUCCUCCACUCAUGAACUCCAGUCGUCGUUCUCCUGGUCCUUAUUCUCAAUAUCCUUCUCAUUCUUCAAAUAAUAAUCGUGAAGAUGUUCGUAUUCCUGAUAUUGGAGGUGGAGGUCGUGCACCUACUCCCUCUGAACGUUCUCAAAUGAAUCCAAUUAUUCAUGAUGAAAGACAUCAUCAUCCUUCACAACAACAGCAGCAACCACAACCACAACAACAACAACAACCAUUACAUAAUAAUUUACCUCCAAUGUCAAUGCGUCAACCUUAUAAACCAACCGAAGAAGCACGUUCACCUAAUCCACGCCCAUCACCACGUACUUCACAUCCAUUGGUUGCUCCUCCUGUUCAACAACAACCACAACCUUAUGAUCAUCGUUUAUCUCCUCGUACAGGUCAUAUGGAAGGCUAUCGUUAUGAGCAACAACAACAACAACAACAACAACAACAGCAGCAGCAGCAACGUUCACCUGCUCAAAGAUCAAUGGAAAUUGAUUCAUCUUCACCACGCUCUCGUACAGAUUAUCGUAUGAAACAUGAAGAAGUGACAAACAAUUAUCAUCCUAUGUCAUCACCUGUGAAUAGAUCCAAUACCAAUAGUCUACCUCCUACAACAGACCAUUUUAAACAAGAAGAUUCUUCAUCACCUAUGAUUGAAAAAAAGCAAAUUCAAGAAAAGAUGAUAGUGACACCUAAACCAGCUACUACAACUAGACAGACUCAUGUAGAUGAGAAUUAUGAUGAAAGUGCUGCAGAUGCUCUUUUAAGUAUGGGUAAUCCUCAUUUAGGUCAGAAGCGUGCAUUACAAUACGAGCAAGAUGAAAAUAAAAAGGCAAGACCUGAUAAUAAUGUAGAAAAAAUGGAUAUGGAAGACGAACAUGAAACAGCACCGAAAGAAGUUAUUCAAAAGGAAGAAGGUAAAAAUGAUGAGGAUAAAAAAGAAAUUUUGAUCGAAGAAAAACAAAAAGAAGAUUCAAAGGAAGAACCUGAGGAAGGAGAGGUCGAAGAACAUGAAGAAGGAGAAGUUAAAGAAGAUGAAGAAGUAAAGAAUAUUGCCCCAACUGCUGCAGUAGCUGCCACAAAUGCUGCUACGGCUGCUGUAUCACAAACAAUAACAAAACAAGACUCUUCAGCCUAA